AUGGACUAUGACGACUACCCGCCUCCUAUUCGCCGCUCCCCUCGAGCGGCCCACGAGCUACAGCGAGUCUUUGAGCAGCUCCAAAUCCAAAACAACAAGCCGGCCGACACCAGCGACGACGACGAAGAUGGGGACGACUACGGUGAUCAAGAGGAGAUCCCUCCACUCGUGCCAUGGAGACGCCUGGAUUUAUAUGAAGAACCGCCAAUGACUCCCAGUCCAGGCGAACCACCGCCUCGCUGUCCGUCACAUGUGAAUCCAUUGCGAUCCCAUCCGGUUGCGGAAGACAAACCAUCAGCUUCGACACCUCCUGCGCCAGCGCCAGCGCCAGCGCCGGCACCGACAUCAGUACCGACAUCAGCACCAACUUCAGCACCGACACGUCCAGCGCCCCGCUACCGGUACUCUCAUCCCUUCAGAGAGCAGCUGUCUGCCCUGCAAUCGCCUGAACCAGCACCUCAACCAGCACCAGAGCCACUGCCUGAACCAGCGCCAGAACCGGCACCUCGUCGGCGCCCCAUGAACCUCGUGUCGUACAAGCCCGCCAACCAGCGACUCCACCCUCGUCUCCGCAGACGGACUUCCCUGGAUACGAUAGCCUCGGUGACGACAACAGCUUCCGUGGUCGAUUCGGAGGCACUCGAUGAUGAGACACCCUCCCCAUCCAUGUUCACUCUCGAAUCUGAGUAUCCUAUAACACCAGACGUGGACCUGGGACCACCGCCGAUGAACGAGCCACCGAAGCCUGCCUCGUUACCGCAGUCGUUACGCACAGCAAGCAUGAAUUCAAUACCAUCGACGCCUGUAAGCUCUGCAGAGAAUCACCCAUCUAGAGGGGUCCUGCAGAAGCUGAAGCCUUCCAAGAGAAAGGAUUCGGUCGGGACUGACUGCGGGGGCGAGCGGCUUGUCAUAGAGCGGACAGUGUCGGUAGACCAGACAUCGUAUCGCUCCAAUUCGUCAAGUGCAUCCAACACAAUAUCGUCAGGCGCGCCUUCGCAGUAUCCGCCCUCGACAGGCAACUCGCGGUCAAGCAGUACCUGGACAGCGAGCUCGCAUGACAUCAGUGGGUUGACGCCGGAGGAACUGAAAAAGUGCAAGAAGAAGGGCAUCAACCCAGCACUGUUCGCUGAGAUGAAGGCAGCCAGGAAGGGCAAGUGGACCAGCCCGAUCGCAGGAAAUACGUUCUUGGCUUGA